UUCCUAAUCUCAUUCUCAUCCUCUUCUUUCUUCUCUCAGUCUCAUCCGUUAGCAUGGAUCCCUACAAGUACCGGCCAUCCAGCGCUUUUAAUUCUCCCUUCUGGACUACAAAUUCUGGUGCUCCUGUUUGGAACAACAACAACUCUUUAACUGUUGGAACUAGAGGUCCAAUUCUCCUGGAGGAUUAUCAUCUUGUGGAAAAGCUUGCAAACUUUGACAGGGAACGGAUCCCAGAACGAGUUGUCCAUGCCAGGGGAGCUAGUGCAAAGGGUUUCUUUGAGGUCACACAUGACGUUUCUCACCUGACAUGUGCAGAUUUCCUUCGAGCACCUGGAGUUCAGACACCAGUAAUUGUCCGUUUUUCAACUGUCAUCCAUGAGCGUGGUAGCCCUGAAACUUUGCGGGACCCUCGAGGUUUUGCUGUGAAAUUUUACACCAGAGAGGGUAACUUUGAUCUUGUUGGAAACAACCUUCCCGUCUUCUUUGUACGUGACGGCAUGAAGUUUCCAGAUAUGGUCCAUGCUCUUAAACCCAAUCCUAAGAACCACAUCCAGGAGAAUUGGAGGAUCCUUGACUUCUUCUCUCACUUUCCGGAAAGCCUUCACAUGUUCUCCUUUUUAUUUGAUGAUUUGGGUGUUCCACAAGAUUACAGGCAUAUGGAUGGUUUUGGAGUUAACACAUAUACCUUGAUCAACAAGGCUGGGAAAGCAGUGUAUGUGAAAUUUCACUGGAAGACCACGAGUGGUGUGAAGUGUCUAUUGGAGGAAGAAGCCAUUAAGGUGGGAGGAGCCAACCAUAGCCAUGCUACACAAGACCUUCAUGAUUCGAUUGCUGCUGGUAACUAUCCUGAGUGGAAACUAUUCAUUCAGACAAUAGAUCCUGAGCACGAAGACAAAUUUGACUUUGACCCUCUUGAUGUAACCAAGACUUGGCCCGAGGACAUUAUACCCUUGCAGCCUGUUGGUCGCUUGGUCCUGAAUAAGAACAUAGAUAACUUCUUUGCUGAGAAUGAACAACUUGCAUUUUGCCCUGCCAUAAUAGUUCCUGGUGUAUAUUACUCUGAUGAUAAGAUGCUUCAAACCAGGAUAUUCUCUUAUGCUGAUUCACAGAGGCACAGGCUUGGACCAAACUAUCUGCUACUUCCUGCCAAUGCUCCCAAGUCUGCUCACCACAACAAUCACCAUGAAGGUUUCAUGAAUUUCAUCCACAGGGAUGAGGAGGUCAAUUACUUCCCCUCAAGGUAUGAUCCUGUUCGUCAUGCAGAAAAGUUCCCCAUACCUCCUGCUAUCUGCUCUGGAAGGCGUGAAAAGAUUGCAAUUGAGAAGGAGAACAACUUCAAGCAGGCUGGAGAGAGAUUCCGAUCUUGGGCACCUGACAGGCAAGAUAGAUUUACCCGCCGAUGGGUUGAUGCUUUAUCUGACCCACGUGUCACCCAUGAAAUCCGCAGUGUCUGGAUAUCAUACUGGUCUCAGGCUGACCGUUCUCUUGGCCAAAAGAUUGCAUCUCAUCUGAGCAUGAGGCCAAAUAUUUAAUGUUGUUACCAACCCCAGAAUGAUUGCAAGAGUUGCAGUCGUGUAAAGAGUACGAUAAGAAUGUGAUUUUGAAACCUUUGGAAGGACUAAUCCUUUUCUUGCAUUAUUAUGUUGUAUAACUCAUAGGUCUCCAUGCAUGCAACUCAUUGAGCUAUCUUGAUGCCGUUUGUGUUUUAGUAUUUAUUUACCUUAUCGGCAUGUUUCCCUGCUACUGUUGUGGACUGUGUUCCUCCUUGCUAUUCUAUUAAGAAAGUAUUAAAUAAAAAGAAUAACCAUAAUUUGAAAUUAUUCU